AUGGGUUUGAUGAGGAGAAUCGGAAGAUACCGUAAUAUUAUCACUGGUGGAGGAGAAGAAUGGAGCAGUAUUGCUGUUAGGGGGCUGUCAACGACGAAUACUAAUAAUAAUAAUGGUGAUAACAGCAUCAACCUUUUCUCCGCCAUCAACCAAGCCCUUCACAUUGCUUUGGAAACCGACCAUCGAUCUUACGUAUUCGGAGAAGAUGUUGGAUUUGGCGGCGUUUUCCGCUGCACGACCGGGUUAGCUGAUCGGUUCGGAAAAUGCAGAGUUUUCAACACUCCUCUUUGUGAGCAGGGCAUUGUUGGGUUUGCUAUCGGUUUGGCAGCUAUGGGAAACCGUGCAAUAGCUGAAAUUCAAUUUGCAGAUUAUAUUUUCCCAGCUUUCGAUCAGAUUGUCAAUGAAGCUGCUAAGUUUAGAUACAGGAGUGGUAAUCAAUUUAACUGUGGAGGUUUAACAAUCAGAGCACCUUAUGGUGCUGUGGGUCAUGGCGGCCAUUACCAUUCCCAAUCCCCUGAAGCUUUUUUCUGUCAUGUUCCGGGUAUUAAGGUGGUAAUCCCUCGUAGUCCUCGACAAGCUAAAGGAUUACUACUAUCUUGCAUCCGUGAUCCAAAUCCAGUUGUGUUUUUUGAGCCUAAGUGGCUGUACCGGCUUGCGGUAGAAGAAGUCCCAGAUGAAGACUAUAUGCUGCCUUUAUCUGAGGCUGAGGUGAUUCAUGAAGGCAGUGACAUAACACUUGUUGGAUGGGGAGCUCAGCUUUCAGUCAUGCAACAGGCUUGUGUUGAGGCUGAAAAGGAUGGCAUAUCGUGCGAAUUAAUAGACCUAAAGACUCUAAUUCCAUGGGACAAGGAAACUGUGGAGGCCUCAGUGAAUAAAACUGGAAGACUUCUGGUUAGUCAUGAAGCUCCUAUAACAGGUGGAUUUGGCGCUGAAAUUUCUGCCUCCAUAGUUGACCGUUGCUUUUUGAGGUUAGAAGCUCCAGUAGCUAGAGUGUGCGGCCUGGAUACGCCAUUUCCACUCGUGUUUGAGCCGUUCUACAUGCCGACUAAGAAUAAGAUAUUGGACGCAAUCAAAUCCACUGUGAAUUACUAA